AUGGCUUCGCAGCAGGAUGGAAGUCCGGUCACGCCCACACCGCUGCAGCGGCAUUCCGGCGUCGACCGGUCGUCGUUCUCCCUUCACCCACCCCGCCUGAGCAUCGGUUCAGGCCACCAUUAUCGCUUCGCCGACUUUGACGAGGGGUCCUUUUCCGAAAGUGCAGGCGUCUCGGCCGAGCAGGCCAAGCGUGCUCUGCGGGCACACCUCGCUGAGACCGAGCGACGCAUGGCCGAGGCUGGGCGCCUGGGAACUGCACUUGUUCAACAACAGAAAGAGUUGACGGAGAAGCUGCAAGAAGUCGAGACGCUGCAAGAAGAAUCCGAGUUGUCACCAGAACUCAAGAAGAAGCUCGCCGAGCUAGAGAAGGAGUAUGACGAUGUGGCCCGAGAAACCGCUCGUGCUUUCCUACCGAAGAAGCGUGUUCCUAGCAAUGAAUCUACUGACUCGCCGGAUGCGAGAGGUCGGAGAUCUUUGAGUCCUUCUAAAUACGAGACCCAUGCCUCCGGAUCGCCUAGCAAGUUGACUGUCUCGAACCGCAGACAGCGGAACCAAAACUCCAACCGGGUUCACGACAUUGAGUUCGCUGCGGAAAUUAGCACGUCGCUGAUCUCGCAGGUUCGUGGGCUGCAGGCACUUUUGGCUGAGCGGGAGGAAGAUUUGCGCGAUACAAAGCAGGACCUUGCUCGGCUGGAAGACACUGCGGAUACGAUGCGUGAGCGUAUCAAAGAACUGGACGAAGGCGAGCAUCGCUACAAAGAGGAGAACUGGAAUCUGGAAACCCGCAUCCACGACCUGGAUGCUGCCCAACGUGACGCCUCCGACAAGGAUAAAAAAAUGGCUCAGCAACUGGCGAUUCUGCAGGCCGACAAGGUCAAGACGCAGCGGGAACUCGAUGAACUGAAGGGCGUGCACGCUCGUCUGGUUGAUGAGCACGCUGCGAUCGUCAAGCUCAAUGACAUCGAACUCGGUACAGCGAAGCGGAGCAUCAUCUUGGCUGAUGGUGAAAAGGCCACGAUGCAGCGCAAGAUUGACGAACUGACAGGACUCAACCAAGAACUUGCUCGUGCCGUCUCGAUGCAGCAGCGUGUCCAAUCCGUCAUUGGCGAAGCUGUCCCUGCAAAGAGCGACGAGGACGCUGAUACUUCCAACGACCAGGGCACGCCCGAUCACUCGCCACCUGCCUCUCCAGUCAAGGGCACGCCUCGCCAUCCUGGUCUCGAGACGGAAACUUUGAAAACGUCCCUCCUCCACGCCCAACGCACUGUACAGAGUCUGCGCACCAACCUUCAUCGCGAGAAGACAGAAAAGCUUGAGCUCCGGCGCCUGCUGCAAGAGACUCGGGAUGACCUGGAACGUGUCCGCGCCGAUCCUAACACGGCUGCGGCUGCGGCUGCAGCUGCGGCAAUCAAGAAGAACCGGAAAGACGUGCGCGAGAACCAGAAGCAGUUGCGGCCUAGCCAGCUGGGCGGUCCCCGUUCAAGCCGUACAGAACUCUUCAUCAUUGCUUCGAACGACCCUGACUGGGAAGAGAUCGAGAGCGAACCGUCUCCGUCUGGCUCCGCAGCCAGGGCACGGAGACGGGGCACGGAAACCAGCGACCAGUUCGAUACGGCAAACGAGGGUGUUGUUAGCGACGCGUCAUUUGCGACUGCCAAUGAAGGAGCCGAGACGACCACCGACGCUUUCCAUACCGGCGCAGAGGACCUUUCCAGCGACGAGGAGACUAUGACGGAGACAGACCAACGUCCUCGUGGCCGAGCACUGUCUUCGAGAGGGAGCGGAUCCGUAUCUACGGCAAGAGGACCCCCAGCUCAGGAUCCCGACGCAGCCAAUCAAAGCACCGCCUCAACCUCUGAUGAUGAAUUCAAGUCGCCUAGGACGCCAACUGCCUCGACAUCUGGUAGCACGUCGCACAUGCGGACGCGCUCCAGCCGCAGCACGCUAGCUUCGCACCGCAUACGUCGUAUGGCUAGCAUCGAGGACCCCGGCAGUAGCCCUGCUGGUCUUCAGGCCAGUCCGUUCAGUGCUACUGGGUCUCCUGGUGUCGGCCUGGGCCUGAACUCAAUUAACAGCACGCCACGGGUUAUCGGUCUGCAACAGAGCCUGUUUGCCGAGCUGGAGGAGCUGAACGAGAACAGCGAUGAAGACAUGGCCAGCGAAGGGACACCGAUUCGCUUCCGCAGCCCACGGUCUCUGACGCCAUCUGCAAUUGCCAGGACCAGGAGCACCAGCAAUCUGUUCCGCGGUCGGUCUCCGCUGGCCCAAGUUCUGUCUACUUCAAAGGUCGUUAUGGUAGACCGGGCUACUCUCACGGAUUCCGUCACGAUUUUGCCCUGGUCUGAGGAGGAAGAGAGACAGGAACAGCUGGGCGGCCUGGCACCUGAAUCGCGGCCGACCUCUUUCCUGUCUGACAUCAGCAUGGGCGAGCGGCUGAAAGAGUUCCCCUCACCUCCAUUGACGUCCGUACGCGGUCUCGCCCUGUCUCCUAUUAUUCUUUCGCCGCCACCAUCGAAGCCAAUCGAAGUCGGCCAGAAGACGGAGGAUGACAGUGGAGAGCUUCAGGCUGUCGGGGAACCACCUCUGGAGCUGGCGAUGUCUGUCAUUGUUUCGGUUCCAAUUGAGCCAGUGGCAGAGCCAGUGAUUCCUCCGUCCCCCAUCAUCCUCGCCCUGUCCUCUGUUCUGGCAGAACAUGUUGUGCCCCUCAGUCCAUCAGAGCCGGAGCCCCCUGUCUUCACCUCAUCAGCUCUUCAUGCUGUUAAUGUCAGUCCUAUCGAGACGGAAGUUCCCGAACCGCCUACAUUUUCACUGUCGGUUGUGCUGGUGGAGCAGGUUGAGCCCAUCUCGGAGCCCGAGCCGGAGGAAGCUGUGCCAGUUCCCAUGGAACCGUUUUCAUUCACAGCUAUGCAGUCGCAGUAUGUGGAGCCGAUCGCUGAGCCAGAGCCAGCGCCACCAGUCUGGGAACCAUUCUCCGUCUCAACCGUUCAGUCACAGUACGUCGAGCCGAUUGCAGAGCCAGAGAAAGCUUUGCCGCCGGUGGAGCCGUUUGCAGUUUCGGGGUUGUUGUCACAGCACAUUGAGCCAGUCUCUGAGCCGGAGCGAGCCCUGCCCCCUCUGGAGCCAUUCUCGUUCUCGGCGGUCCAGGUGCAGCACGUUCAGCCAGUGUCUGAGCCUGAGCCAGUGCGAGCACUGCCUGUUCCAGAGCCGUUCUCUUUCUCCGAUGUGCAGACGCAGCAAGUCGAGCCGAUUUCAGAGCCAGAAAAGGCUCUGCCUAUUGCGGAGCCGUUCUCGGUUUCCGGAGUCUUGUCGCAGCACGUCGAGCCAAUCUCCGAACCAGAGCGCGAGGUGGUUCCGUUGGAACCAUUUUCUUACACAGGUGUGCAGUCGCAGGAAAUCCAGCCUGUAUCCGAACCAGAACCACCAGUCCUGCCGCCACCGUCACUUUCCGUGUCUGCGGUGCAAGUCGAAGAUGUCGAACCGGUGUCUGUCCCCGAAGAGCCGCUUCCAAAAAUGGCCGUGUCCGGCGUCUUCUCUCAGGACGUCGAGCCUGAUGUCAUUGCGGAAAGCGAGGAUGAGAAGAAAGAUCUGGUGGCUGUGGCUGCUCCUCUGGUGUCUGUCAACUCCAUUGGAACGCAGACGGACGAAUGGAAGCCUGUGCUUCUUCCUGGGGCUAUCGCUACUCUCGGUGCUGCGGCAGUGGCUGGCGGCGUAUUUACUGGCCACGAAGUCGGCUCUGUGAUCUCUGACGGACAGCGGAGCCCUAAGAGGAACGCUUUCAUCAUACCCCGCGAUGGCGACGAGCUUUCGACCGCGACGAGUUCGCCGGAAUCUCGCCAGGCGCCAACAACGCCGAGCAAGUCUGCUCGUGGUCCCCUUAUUGGGGGUUGGUCUAAGCACACUGGUCCUCCCACUCCAGUUAUCGCAGAAGACGAGACGCAGCAGUCGCCGAGCACUGAUUAUCUGUCGGAGACGCCAGAGUCUGACCGUGUUUUCAAGGAGAUUUCAGCCAACGCGAACUCUGGGAAUGUCGUGCGCAGUAUCGCCGCCGAGGAGCCUGUCCGUUCUCUGGAGGCCAUUGGUGCUACGCCAUAUGUUGGCAGCAAACCGGCGAAGCAGUCUUUUGCUGUCGGCGCGAUGGGGCAGAAUGUCCUGGAAGAUGGCACGGGCAGUUCUAUCAAACGCGGCAAGGCUAUCGAUGCAACUGGUAGUGCGGCUCUGCAUCGGCCUGGCUCUGCAACGAGCAACCGGCUCUCGACGGACUUUUUGCCCCCGCUACCAGCCAACCACAGAGAGGUGAUCGAGGCUGCCCGGAGCGGUUCUGCCGGCUCUAUGGGAAGCAGCGGGCCUGCUGCUGUCGCCGCGCCUGGUGGCAUGGCAACAUGGCGGGCACAGACGCCGACAGGAGCAGCUGCACGGGAGUUCCAUUAUGCGCACUAUACCGGGACACCGACUCCGAAGGCCAACGUUCGCAACGGUGCGGCCGGCGUGGGCGAGCUGCACGCGCCGUCGCGGCCUUCGUCUCGUAUGAACGCAAGCAACGCCGGUGGAAGUGUUGUACCAGGGGCGAUGGGCUCGCUCAGCCGGCAGACAUCCGUGUCGUCGUUCGCGUCGGAAGUCAAUGCUCGGUUCAACAUACACGACGGUGACGUCUUCGGAAGUGGGGCUUCUAGUCACAUUGACCCGCGCAUGAUCCAGGCUAUCACCCAGACCAUGAUAGGCGAGUAUCUGUGGAAGUACACGCGUAAGACUGGGCGCUCGGGCAUGUCUGAGAAACGGCAUCGUCGGUACUUUUGGAUCCACCCCUACACGCGGAUGCUCUACUGGAGCGAUCAGGGACCGUCUGCCGACAGCCGCGUGGAGCAACGGGCGAAGAGCGUCGUUAUCGAGGGCGUGCGCGUUGUGACAGACGACAACCCGAUGCCUCCUGGCCUGCACCGGAAGAGCCUUGUGGUGAUCUCACCCGGCCGCACGAUCAAGUUCACGUGCAGCACUGGUCACGGCCACGAGGUCUGGUUCAACGCGCUGUCUUAUCUGCUCCUGCGUAAGGAGGAAGGGGCAGAGGACGAGGGCAUGACGGCCAACGGGGAGCAGAUCACGCGGGAGGACGUGGAGGAGUUCAACCCUGCGUUUGGGCACCGUGCAGGCGCCAGCUCUGCCCAAGCCCGGCGUCAGCCGCCCGUGUCGCUGUCGUCGUAUAACUCGCGGACGACGCACAACGAGUCACCUGCGUUUGGGAUGACGAUGAACGUGCCGACGUUGACGCCGACGCCGAAGAAGAACACGAAUGGCCGGUUUAGCAUACGCAGCCACCGGCAGAGCAACAACGUGCCGCAAGAAAGCGGGAUAUACGAGGCCAGCGAGGUCAACGACAGCGCCGAAGAUGCUCGUGCUCUCUUUGUGGCCCAGGACCGGGAAGCUGGCCGGCUCGAGAACGUGCGGGCCUGUUGUGAUGGCAAACACGACGUCGGCACGCUGUCGCAUAGCACGCGUCGCAACCGACACUCGCAGCAGCCCACAUCGACGAUGUCAACGCCCACUCAUAGUACCGUCCGUCACCGGCCUUAG